AUGAGAAAAUAUAAAAUAGAAAAAAAACAUAAUGAUUUCAAAGAAAUAAAUAUAAAUAAUAUAUUUAAUUAUGUAAAUAAUAAAAAAAAUGAAGGAACAAAUAAAGUUGUUCUUAUUCUUUAUUUGUGUAACAAUCUUGAGAAAAAACACAUAGAGAAUGGUAAUGAUAUAUUAAUUCUAUACUUAAAUUUAUUAAAUAUUCUUCAAGAGCAUUUAGUGAAGUUUUUAAAAAGAAGAAUUAUUACUAAUAGAAAAAAAAAAUGUUAUGAAAAAAAAGAAUUAGAAGAAAACUACACUAUUAGGAUAAAUAAAUUGCAGUUAAGUUUUAGUUAUAUUAUUUUACACAUAUCAUAUUUUUUAACAUUAAAUAAAAAUUAUAGAGAAAACUAUUCUUUACAGCUUUAUAUUUAUUACUUACAUAUAUUGACAUUUUUAUAUUUAAAAAAGUAUAUAUUUCAAAAAGAGAAAAGAAUUAAUGAAGAAAUAUUAUAUUUAUGUUUUGUAAAUACAUUAUUAUUAAUGCUAAUUAACAUUUAUAAAUUUAAAUUAUACGAAAUAUUAAAUGAAAAAAAUUUUUAUAUUGUAUCAAAAUAUAUGUUUGCUAUUAUUUAUUUAUUUAGUCAUAUAAAAAGAAAUGGUAAUGAAAAAAAAUUAGUUCUUUUUUUUUAUGAUUAUAUUUAUAAUGUGUUGAUAAUUUUAAUUGAUAAAUAUUAUUUUUAUCUUAAGAAAAAAAAAAGUACACCUAAGAAGUUAAUUACCUUUUAUAAAUAUUUUGUUAUAUUUAUUUAUAACUUUGUUAAUAAAUUGAAAAUUUUUAAAUAUAUAGAAAGAUAUUUAUUAGGAAACAACAAAAGUAAUUUUUAUAAUUUAACAUUAUUAAGUAUAAUAAAAAAUACAAUUGAUAUACACUUUAUACCGUCUAAUUUUAACGAAAAUGAUACUAAAAAAUUUUACAUAUUAAAAUUUAAAAAAAAUUUAGAAGAAAAUACAGAAAGAGUAUUGAACAAUGAGCGACUAAAUAGGAAUUUUGAAGAAAAUAAAAUUAAGGUUACUAAUGUGAAUUUCAGUAAAAAUAUAAAUUCUAAUAAAAUUUUAAAAAAAAAAAAUGAUUUAUCCAUUGAAGUAAAUUAUAAAACAGUCAACUAUAUUAUUUUUUUAAAAUUAUUAAAAUUAGAAGAAGUACUGCUAAUACGAAAAGAUAGAAUUUUUUUAUGUUUGUAUAUAUAUUAUUUCAUUAAUAAGAUAGCUUAUAAUACAAUAAAGGAAGUUUAUAAAUUUAUAAAAAAAAAAAAAAUUUAUAUGUACAAAUAUAUAUAUUAUAGAUUAUUAUUUUUAUAUGAAUUUUAUUUUAAUAUAAUUUUUUUUAUAAUUAAUGAGGUAGGUAAGGAAAAAGAAAAAAAAAAUAAAAAAUUUGGAAAUUCUUAUAUUUACUUUAUUGAGAAUUCUUUUUUUUAUAUGUAUGAAAUAUAUAUGUUGUUGAUCAUUUUAUUAUCCGUUAUUCCUAAUUUCUAUAAAAUAUUUAAUAAAAAUAAUUUUUCUUUUGUAAAAAGAAUUUUAUAUAUAAGAAAAUGUAACAAUUAUAUAUUUAUAAAUAGUAUCACGAAAUUAAUUUGUGAUUGUUUUUUUUUUAGUCAGUCAUUGCUUUCACUUAUAAUUUUCAAAUUCUUAUUUAAAAAUAAUAAAAAAUUAAAUAAUUUUUUACUAAAAAGAGUUCAUAUAUAUAUAAGGAGAAGAAAAUUUUAUGUUGUUAUAAAUAAAAAUAAUAUAUAUAUAAAUAUCAACUCAUGUGAAGAUGAGAAAUUUAAAAUUAAUAAAAAUAAAAUAAAAAUUAUUCAAGAUAAUAAUUUUAAUAAAUUAAAAAUACUUAAUACCAAUUUGCUUUUUGAUCAAGAAAAAGGUUUUCAUCUAUGUGUAAAUAGCUAUGUUAAAAUAAAUUUUUUAUUAGAAGAAGAAAAUAAAAUAAAUGAAGAGAAUAAUUAUGCAGGAAAACAUUUUAAUAUUACAAUAGAAGAUGAUAAUUUAGAUUUCUAUAAAAAUAAUAUAAUAACAAAAGUAAUUGAACAAAAAAAUAAAGCUGAUGAAAAAAUAAAUAACAAAUUAUUUGAAAAUUUUGAUAGUGAAAAUAAAAUAAUUCAUAAUAAGAGAUGUUCUGAAAAAAAAGGAGAAUCAGUUUCAGAAAAACUAGCAAAUGAAGUAAAAAAAUGUAAUAAUUUUAAUAUAACAAAAUAUGAUAAUAAAUUAACUAUAGACAGUAAUUUAAUAUUUAAAGGUAGUUUUGAUAAAGAUAAAGAUAAAGAUAAAAAUGAAAAUGAACAGUUAGAACAAGAAAAUUAUACAAAAAUAUAUUUUCUUUUAUUAAUGAAUAAUUUCAUAUCGGAAAUAAAGAAAAAAAAAAAAUAUUAUUUUGUUGAAUAUAAUUACAAAAAUUAUUUAAACAUAUAUGUAAAUAAACUUCAUUAUUAUUGUAAUAAUAUUUUUAAUAACAAGUCUCUUUUUCGUCAUAAUAUAAGUUCAUUUAUUAAAUAUAAUUUAAGAAAAAAUACAAAUUUUUUCGAAAAUAUAACCUCGUUUAACAGGAAACUUAAUUAUUAUAAUAAAAAAAUUAGUGAAAAAAAAAAUAUUUUUAAAAAUAAGAUUGGUAGUUUAAAUAGCGCUGAAAAAAAACAUAAUACUCCAAAAUAUACAUUUUUAAAUAGAAUAUUAAAUUAUAAGAACAAAUAUUUUCAUAAUGAAAAUUAUUAUUUUAAUUUUUUAUUUAAUAUAAAAUUUCUUCAUAAUUUAAAUGAUAACAUUAAUGAAUAUUUUUUAUUCAAAAAAAAAAAGAAAAAGAAAAAAAUGAUUUUUAAUAUUAAUAUAAACUUAAAAGACAAAAUAAAAAAAAUGAAGCAUUCAUCUAGUGAUCAAUAUUAUAAAUCAAUUAGAAGUUUUUCAUUAAAUUAUAAUGAGGAAAAAAAUGAAAAAGGUGAAUUAUUAGCCGGUAAUAUUUCAACCAAUAAAUUACAUAACCAACAAAAAAAAAUAAGAAUAAAAAAAAGUAUUCUUUAUUUUUUAUUCUUAAAUUAUAAUUAUUGUAUAUUUAAUUAUGAAAAAAAUGAGCAUUUACAAUAUUUUUUAUUGGAAAUAUUAAAAUAUUUUGAAGCUAUAAUACCAUAUAUAAAUAUAUAUAAGUAUAUUUGUUCCUACUUACUAUUUAUCAUAUCAUUUAUAGAAAAGAAGCCAUUGGAAAAUUUAGAUAUUUUUAUGAUUAAUAAGAAUUUAAAAAAAAAAGGAAACACAAAAAUAUCCAAGAAAUAUGAAAAUUGUACAAAUAAACAUAUAAACAAUUAUCAAAAUAUAUUUAUAAAAAAUAAUUUAAAUAAUAAAAAAGAUGAAGAAAACUUUCUGAAAUUUCCAGAAAAUAAUAAAUUUAAUACUAUAAAAAGUAAUAUAGAUAAUAAUAAUUAUUCUGCAUAUAUGAAAAGUAUUCAUGAAAUGUAUAAUUGCAAAAAUAAAUAUUCUAAUAUAUUUAAAGAGAAAAGGAUUUUUUACGAUAAAGUAAAUAUUAAUGAAAUAAUGAUAAAUAAAUUAAAUGAAAAAUAUGAAUAUAUUGAAAAGAAUGUAAUUCAGAAUAUGAGGAAUUUAAAAGAUAGAAAAUUUUACAUAUUUCAUAAAGGAAACAAUAAAAUGAUAUUAAAAAUACUACUAGGAAUAAAUGAUAAAAUAAAAAUAUAUUUAUUUAGCAAUACAUUUCAUUAUUUAUACAAGAGUAAAAUGAAAUACAAUAAAAAUUUGAGUGUACUUUCAUUAUAUUUUUAUAAAUUAUAUUUCACUCUGAUAUAUUAUGAAAUUUAUAAGGAGGCCAGUUUAAAUAUAAAAGAAAUAGAAAUGAUUAAAGGAAAAGUAAUCGAAAUAACACCAAUAUUAAGUAUAAAAUAUAUUAAUAAAAGUAAUAUAAAAAAUAUAUGUAAUAGUUAUAUUUUGGAAAAUAUAAAAGAAAAUAAAAUACAUAAUAAUGUAGGAUUAAAUUUCACUGAUUAUGAAAGACUUUAUAUUUUUAUAAUUUAUUACAUAGAAAGUAUAAGAAAAAAAGAGGAUAUUUUAUACUGCUUUUAUUUAUUAAUUGAUAAAAAUAUAUUUAGAAAUAAAUUUUUACAUAAAAAUAUAAAGAAAUUAAUUAAAUAUAAAAUAUAUGUGUUUUUAAAUGAAUUGAAUAGUUUUAAUAAUUACAAUUUUAUAAAUACAACGUUUUUUAUAUUAAUGAAUAUAAUGAAUUAUAAUAAAAUCUUAAGAAAUUAUAUUUAUUAUAUUUUUGAUCAAAUAUUUAAAUUGAGAUUAAAUACAUUAUAUGAUAAUAUGUUCCUUAUAUGUUUUCUAAAAAAUUUAGAGAAGAGUAGUAUUGAUUAUGCCUUUUCUAAGAUUUUAUAUGAUGAAAAAAAAACAUUUAAAAAUAUAAUAGAUAAGAAAAAAAACAAAAUGAUUAAAAUUAUUUACAAAACAAAUUUGUAUCUAACUAUAAAUUACUUAUUAUUUCUUAAAAUUUUAAAUGGUUGUAAAUUAUUUUUAAAUUUAUAUUCCUAUUUUUAUUAUGAAUUUUAUAUCUUUUGUUUUAAUAAGUAUGCAAAGCAAUAUAAGUAUUAUCUUAUUAGAAGGAAUAAAAUAUAUAGACAAACGUAUUCUAAUAUAAAAAAAAAAAAAUCUAUAUACUUCUCACAAAACUCAAUAGAUAUAAAGGAAUAUUAUGAAAAAAAAAGUUAUAUGUAUGAUAAUAAAAAUAGUUUAAAUGGUAGUAAUAAUAUAAAGAAAAAAAAAAAUAUCAUACGUAAUAAUUUAAUAAAUUCAGAAGAUAGAAAGGAAAAUCCAAACCUUAAGAAUAAUCGUAAUAUUAAUAGAGAAAAUUAUAAGGAAUAUGUAAAAAAUUUCCAUAAAACUAAAAGCUUAGAAACAUUAGAUAGAAACGAUUGUAAACAUUUGACAAACAAUGAGAAUAACAAUAAAAUAAUGCAACACAAAUAUGAUCAAGCUGAAUAUUAUAAUAUAUCAUCAGAAAAUUUAUUUUUAAUACAUAUAGAUGAAAAACACUCAUCCAAUGAAGCAAUAUAUAAUAGAAAAUUUAAUUUUUCUAACAAAUAUAAACAUAUAAAUAAAAAAUUAAAAAAAAACAAAAAGCAUAUAUUUAAUGAUAAUGAUAUAAAAAUACCAAAAUAUACUAUGGGUUAUUCAAAAUAUUUAUAUGAAAAAAAACCAUACACUAUAUUUAAAAAAUAUAGUUCAUAUGAUAAUUAUGCAAAAAUACUAAGAAGAAAAAAAAAAAGUUCAACUUAUAUGAAUGCAUCUAACGAUUUUAGUGAAUUAUUUGAUAAUUAUAUCAAGAAUGAUUAUUAUGAAAAUGAAGCUAUUGAUAAUGAUGUGAAUUAUUUUAAAAUAUUAAAAAAAAUAAAAGGAAGUAAUACCCAUAUAUAUAAUAUAUACGAUAUAAAAAUAAGCAAGAAAAUUGUAUACAAAAAAAAAUAUUUUAAAGAAUACUUAAACAUAAUUAAUUUUAUUACUUGUAUUUUCUUAACAACUAAUAUAAAUAAUUUAAAUAUGAGUAUGCUAAAUAAUAAUUACAUUUACAUAAUAUCAAGAAUAAUAAAAAAAAAUUUUAAAUUUUAUUUUUUAUUUUUCUAUUAUAAUAUUUUUAAAAAUAGAAACAAAAGAUAUAAAAAUGUAUACAAUGCUAAUUUUAAUAUUAUUUUGAAUAGUUCAGUUAGAAAAAAUUUUAAUACUUCAACAAUUAGCAUUAAAAAUAAAUAUAUAUAUGUACUGUAUACUUUAUCUUGUAUUUUAUCUAUAUAUGAUUAUAAGUAUGCUUUCUUCAAUUAUUAUUUUUUUUUCUUCUAUAAGAUUGUAAAAAUUUUAGCAAAAUUUUCCUUGAAAUUUAUAUCUAUAUCAGACUUUCUUAUUGAUAAAUUUAGUAAUGAUAGAAAAUAUAUUGAUGAAAAUAAUGAUAAAAACAAAAGCGAGUAUUAUAUAAAUAGUGGUUAUGAGAAUAUUGAAACUGGAAGCUAUUAUUAUAUUAAAAAUGAAGUUAAUGAAGAGUCAAAAACAAAUAAAGAGAACUGUUCUAGUGAAAAAAUAUUUUUAAAUGAUAGAUACAGAUUUUUAAGAGGUAUAUCUAAAAACAAAAGAGUACGAAGUAAUUUCAAAUACCAGUUCAAAGAAUAUUCAAAUGGAAUAAAAAAAGAAAAAAAAAGCAAAAUUCUUAACAAAUAUGAGAAACAAUUCAUUGUGAGUGAUAUUAUGAUGAUAAAAAAUUAUAUAAAAAAUUAUAUAAUAAUAGAAAAUUGCAAAAUUCAUAAUAAUCUAAUACAUAGCAGCAUAACUAAUAGAAAUAUACUAGAUCAAUAUAUCAAAUAUAUUAAUAAUAUAAUGAUAAUAUUUAUUUUUAUUAAUUAUAUGAUUUUAAUGAAUGAAAAUAUGAAUUUAAGCAAGAAAAAAAUUAUAAAAAACAAAUUAAAAAUAUUAGAAGAUUACAAAGUUUAUCUAAUGAAUAAAAUUCUUGAUAUAUUUUUUUUAAAUAUACCAUACUUAUGUAAUUAUCUAGUUGUUAUAUUAGAAUUCUUUUUUGUUUUUAGUAAUUCAUUUUUAAGUUUAAAUUGCAGUAAUUAUAUAUUAGUUAAAGAUAUAAAUUUUUUUUUCAAAAAUUCCUAUUUUUACUUUUUAACUAAUAUGUUCAAUAAAAUGCAAAAUUUAAAGACAUUUUAUCACGUAAAUUUUUACAAAAAUUCUAAUUUGUAUUUUCAUAAUUUUAAGAAAUCUAAUGAUGAAAAUUUUGAUUUUUGUAAAAAUAACAGUUCAAAUUAUGUAUGCAAUGACUCCAACUACGACUUUGAAAAAUGUGAGAAAAUAAAUAAGAUAGAAGAAUAUGUAUCUAAUGUAAAGAAAGAUGAAAUGAAAGUAAAAAAUCAAACAGAAAAUGAAUUUAAUGAAAAAAAUGUAAGAUAUAGAUAUUUUUAUAGUUCGCCAAAUAAUUCAAAAAGCAGCUAUAAUAUUUUAAAUAAUGAUAGUACAUGUUACAGUAUGGAGAAUAAUAAUAUUAUAAAAGAAAAAAAAACAAUUAACAAAAAGAAAAAUAAAAAAGAAGAAAUAAAUUCAGUAAACAAUCAUUGUUCAGAUGAUAGUUUAAGCGAAUUUGAUGAAUAUAUAUAUAAGGACGCUUUUAUUGAAUUAAAGGAAAUAUUAAAAAAGCAAACAAAAGAAUAUAUUAAGAGUUAUUUUGAUAGAAAAAUAAAAAAUAUUUGUUUUUUUUUUCGUUGUUUUAAUGAUAUAUCAAGUAUUUGUCUAUUUUUAAAUUUUUAUAUAAAUUCAAAUACGAAAAUAAAUGAAAAAUAUAAUCAUAUAUGCAUACAAAGUAUGAAUAAUAUAUAUUUAUAUAAUUUCAGAUUUUUAAAAAUUUGUUAUAACUUUAUAUCUAUCAUAUUUUUAGCUUUAAUUAAAAUGUUCAAUUAUACGUCAAAUUUUUUUCAUUCAUAUAAUCAUUAUGUUCAAUUAUAUUCUAAAUACAAAUAUAAUUAUUUUUUAUAUUUAGAUGAUUGUAGUAAUUUUUUUACAUUUUAUAAUGUUUAUAAUUUUUCAGUUAAGAAAAGUAAGAAAAAAGAAAAUGUUGUCAACAUAAAUAAAGAAAUAAAUGUUUUUUUUAUUAAUGAAAUUUUUGAUCAUAAUAAAUUUCUAUUACAAAAAAGUUUUAUAUUUUUAGCAUUUUUUUUUCAUAAUUUUAAUGAUAUUAUACCUGAUAUUUAUUGUAUAAAUUGUUCUAAUAAAUAUUCAAUGGGAAGUAUUGACAAAAAUGCUUCAAUAAUUGAUUUAACAAAAGUGUGUGAUAUUAAAAAAAAGAAAAAUAGUGUUAUCGAUUCUAAUAAAACAGAUUACUUGAGAAAAAAAAGUUUAAAAUAUAGAAAGGAAAUAGAAAGUGAAAAUAAGGAAAAUGUUUCUAGUUAUGAUUAUAUGAAAAAAGAUAAAAAAUAUAUCAAAAAUAUUUAUAAUAAUGAGAAAAAUGAAGAUACAAAUGAAAAAGGUUAUAUAGAAAUUCUUCAUAAUGAUGAUGAAAAAAUUUAUAAAUUAUAUGAUCAUGUAAAAAAAAAAAAAAAAGCAAAUAAUUUUACAGAUUUAGAACGAAACAAGAGAAUAAAAAUUAAUAACCAUAAUUAUAAAAAUAAUAAGGGUAAUAGUAGUAAUAGUGAUACUGAUAAUAAUAACGAUAACAAUUCUCUCAAAUAUGCAAAUAAUAUAUACACUUAUAUUAAGAAAAAGGUGUCUAAUUUAAAAAAAAUAAGUUAUAAUUAUUUUCCUAAUUAUUCUAAGAAAAAUUCUUUAAAAGAAAGUAUUAAAUACACAUACGAUAGUGAAACUAUCGAUGAAAUAAAUAAUGAUAAUAAUAAUACAAAAAAAAUAAAUAGAUUAAGUAAAGCAAAUAUAAGUAUUAGUGAAAAAAAUAAUAUAGAAAAUGAUUAUGAUACAUGCUCAUUGAAAGACAAAAAAGAAGAUUUAAAUAUAUUAAAUGCAUAUAAAUAUAUGUUAAGUUAUCAAAAAACGCAUAAAAAAACAUUAUAUGACUACAAUUUAAAGGAAGAGUUAAACUGUAUUUGUAUAAAUAAAUAUGUAUACAUUUGCAAUUUAAUUUAUAACUGUCUUAUAUACAUUUUAGAAAUUAAAUGUAAAUACAAGAAAAAAAAAUUUUCCAUAUUUUCAUAUAAUAUAUUUAAAAAAAAAAUUAAGCAAAUGGAGCAAUUCAUUAAUCAUAAUGAUAAAGAUUAUAUUAUAAUAAACACAAAAAAUUUACUUAAUCUUGAUUUUAUUAUUUUAAGUAUUUUGCAUUUAUUAGAAACUAUUUAUAUCAAUUUUUAUAAAUGUAAAUUGUUUACUGAUAUGUGUAUUUUUAAUAAUAUAAAAUAUAUUUGUUUAGAAAAUAAGGGAUUAAAAAAAAAGGAUUGUAAUAAAUUUAACAAUACUGAAUAUGUUACAAAUAAUUUUCAUUAUAAUAGAAAUUGUAAAGAUAAAAAUGAUAUUACAAGAUUAUUUUACUUUUCCGAUUGUUUCAAUUCGUUGAAUAGUGUGAAUAGCAAUAUAUAUAACGAUGAAAAUAAUGAUAAUAAUAAUAAUUAUAAUAAUUUUAAUAUAAAAACUUAUUAUAAUAAAUAUAGCAAUGACAGCAUUAACAAUUAUUGUAUUGAUAGUAUUGAUAAUAAUAAUAAUACUGAUGACAAUUAUAAUGUCAUAAAUGAUAAUAAUAUUGAAAAUAAAUGUGGCAAAGUGAAUAAUAGUAAUAAUAUUAAGAGUUAUGAUAGUAGUUUAAGAAGUACAUAUGAUGAUAAUAAUUUAAAAAGAAUGCUUUCUAAUUUCAAGAAAGAUAAAAAUUAUGAAAAUCAAUAUAAAGAAAGAUAUAGUAAGUUCCUAAAGAAAAAUCUUACGAGCAAUAUAAAUUUCAGUAAUGACAACAAAAAAAUAGAAAAAACAAAUAAAAAAAACAACAAAUUUUUUAAUAAAAUUGAAAGUGAAUAUAAGAAAAAAGGUAAUAAUACAAAUAUUUGGAAUGAACAUAAAUAUAAUUAUGGGAAUAUACAAAAUGAAGAAAGACCAAAUUUUACGAAAAAUGAAUUAAAAUAUUUUAGUUCAAUAAAUAAUAUAUUAAGAGGCUUUAAAGAUGAUAAGGGAAAUAAGAAUAAAAGAGUAGAAAAUAAAAAAAGAGAAAUAAAUAAAAGAAAUUUUUUUUAUAAAAAAAAUAAAGAUUAUAAUAUAUCUAAAAAUUUAAAGAAUUUAUCAUUAAGCGAAUUUUUUAGUGAUAAAAAGCUAAUGAAAAAAGAAAAAAAAGAAUUAUCUUUUAAUUACUUUAAAAAAUAUAAAAUUUUAAGAGAUAAUUAUAAAAUUAAAUUUAACAAGAAAAAAAAAAGUAAAAUAAAUAAUUAUGACAAUAUAUAUAAAAUAAGAAGAGGAAAUAUUAAUUACAAAAAGGAUAAUUGGAACUUAGGAAAAUUAUAUUUAAGAAAAAAACUCAAUUAUAAAAAUAAGGAAAUUGAGAAUAUAAGAAUUAACAAUUUAUCUGUUAGUUAUAAAUCAAGAAUUAUAAAAAAUAAAAAUGUUAAUAAAUUAUUAAAAAUGAACAUGGAAAAAGAAGAAGAAAAUAUAGAAAGAAUAAAACACUUAUUUAUAACAUUUAAUAAUAAUAAAGAAAAAAAAAUAAAUAAUUACAUCCAAAAUGUAUUUAAAUAUAUUUCUCUCUACUCAAAUUUUAAUGUAUUCUAUAAGAAAAAAAUUGAAAUAUUAAAUUAUAAAAUAAAAGUAAGAAGGAGGUUAUUAAAAACUUUAUAUUCUUUUUAUUACAAACAUAAUAUAUCUUUAAUGUACAAAAUUUAUAAAAAAAUAGAAUAUAUAUAUACAUAUCUGAAUUUAUUAUAUUAUAACAAUUUAUUUCAUAUAAAUUUAAAAGAAAUGAAUGAUGAAAUAAAUAAAUAUUCUUUAUUUAUUAUAGCAAAAUACUUAAAAUAUCAUAUGCAUAAUCUUAAUAAUUUAUUUAAUUUAUUCAUUGUAAAAAUAAUAAAUUACAUAAAUAGUAACAUUCAUAACAUUACAGAAUUUUUAUGUAUGUAUGAUUAUAGUGAUUUGUUGAACAUACUUAACCAAUAUAUAAUUAGCAUAAAUAUAAGUAAUAAAUUAACAAUAAAUAAAUAUAAUUUAUUUUUAUUGAGAAAAAAUAAAUUAUUAUAUGUACCGAUAUCUAAUAUAUUAUUUUUAUACUGUAAUAAUAUUAGUUUAAACGAUAUAAUAAAGAUAUUAUACAGCCAUCCACAGUAUACUCUGUUUUUAAAAAGUGUAGGAAUAAAUAAUUUAGUUUAUUUAUAUAAAAAGAGUACUAUUACGAAUACAAUAUAUUUGCAAUUAUUUGAAUAUUUAAAAGUAGAUUUAGGAAAUAGAGUUUUCUUUUUUAUUAUUUUUUUUUCUUUUCAUUCCUUCAAAUUUUUGUAUGAUUUUUUUUUGAAUAUGCACACGUAUAUAAAUGAUGAGCAUUUAUUUCUAUUAGGUUAUUAUAAUUUAAAAAAGGGACAAUCCUUCUUAUUGCCUUUAAAUGAUGAUAAAAACAAUAUUUUCAAUAAGAGUAAAGAUAAUAUAGAAAAUAACUUAUUAUUCAAUAAGGAUCUUUUUGUUAAGAAAAAGAAUGCAAUCAUAGAUUUUAUAAUUACAUGUUCUAAAAAAAGAAGUGCAUUAAAUAAAUGUACAAUUUAUAAAAAUAAAAUCACUAAUAAUAUAAAUAUAAGUAAUUUUAUUUUUCAUAAAUAUCAAAAUUAUGUAAAAAAAUCGGAUGUUUUAUCUUUAAAAUGUUCUCUAAUUAAAAAAAUAUUUUUAGAUAAUUUAAAUCAUAAUAAAAGAAAUGUAUUGUUAGAAUCUUGCCAUUUACAUAAUAUUAUAUUUUGUAUAAGUCAGAAGGCAUCGAAAUUAGACAAAAAUGUACAAAAUGAUUUCGUUAAAAUGGAAAUUAAAAAUUUAUUAAAUAAUUUUGAUAUAAAUAAUUUAAAAUUACUAACAAGUAACAAUAAGGUUUCUGAUAUAUCAGAUAACAUAAAAAUUUUAAUGUCUGCUACUAGAUCUCCUAUCUUUUUAACUUUUAAAACUAAAAAGUCAAAUAUAAAAAAAUGUAUAUAUUUUCAUCCGUUUAUAAAAUAUUCUUCGAGUGAAAAAAAUGAAAUUAAAAAUGAAAUGAAAUCCAUUCAUGAUACAACUAAUGAUUGUGCAAUUGAUGAAAUAAUAAAUAAUAAUAAAAUGGAAAAUAUAAUUAGUUGCGAUUACGCAAAUGAUUUUGCAAAUAAAAUUAAGUGUAAUGAUAUUAAUAAUACAGAAAAAAUAAAAGAAACAUAUAAUUUGAAAAAUAAAGGUAUUAUAAAUAACAUUAAAAAAGAAAAAAAUAACUUGGGAACUGAUACAAGCUUUAUUAAUAUAGAAAAAAACGUAAGUAAUUCAGAUAAUUUUAAUGAAAAAUGGAUAAUUAAUAAUGUUUAUGAGCUAGAAAAACAAACUUUUGAAGAUGUUUCGUAUAUUUAUAAAGUAAAUGAUGAUGUUAGACAAGAUAAAUUGGUUAUUCAAACUAUUCAUAUAUUUAUUCAUAUUUUAAAUGAAUAUAAAUUAUUUUAUAAUUUAUUCCCUUAUAAUAUAGUUACAAACAAAUUCUUUAAUAUAUAUUCAAAUGGAGAUGAAAUUGAAGAAAAAAAAGCAUUUAGUGUUAAAGAAAAAAUAUAUAAUGUUAAUGAUAGUACUAAUAAAAAGGAAAAUGAAAACAAAAAAAAAAUUUCUUUUUCUUUUUAUUUAUUUAAGAAAAAAAAAAAGAAAAAAAAUCUGGGGUCAUGUAAUGAAAAUAAGUUUUGUAAAAAUUCUGAUAAAAAUAAUAAAGUAAAAGAAGAUAUGAAAAUUGUUGUUCAUUCUUAUCAAGUUGAUAAUAUGAAUUCCAAUUUUCAGGAGCAUUUUAAGAGUGAUUUUAAGAGAAUGGAAUUUUCUAAGAAAGAAAAGAAAAAGAAAAAAAAAAAAAAAUUUGAAAAUUUUGGGGCAAUUAUUGAAGUAUUAGCAAACACAAAAAGUAGACAUGAUAUAGGAAGAAAAUUUAAUAAUAUAAUAAAAUUUUAUCAUUUACAGUUUUCUAAUACUAAUUUAUAUAUAUAUGCCUUGAAAAAUUUUAUCUCAUCUUUAGCUGCAUAUUCAUUGUUAUCUUUUAUUUUACAAGUAAAAGAUAGACAUAACGGAAACUUAUUAUUUGAUGAAAAUGGAAAUAUUAUUCACAUUGAUUUUGGCUAUAUUUUAAAUAUAUAUCCUGGUAUAUCAAUCAAUUUUGAAUUAGCCCCUUUUAAAUUAACAAGAGAAAUGAUUAUGCUGUUAACUAUUAAAAGUCAGAAAAAACAAUAUUUUAUUUUCUCAUAUAUCCAACUAGUAGUAAAAGGAUACUUAUUGUUAAGAAAAAAAAGUGAUUGGAUAAUUUCAUCAAUAUUAAGCUUAUCGCACUCAGAUAUUAAUUGCUUUAAAUAUAACACAAUUGAAAAAUUAAAAAAGAGAUUAAGAUUAAAUAAAAAUGAUAACGAUGCAAGUAUUUUUAUGAUUAAUAAAAUUCAUCAAGCCUACAACAACAUAACAACUAUUAUGUAUGAUUAUAUUCAAAAUAUUCAACAGGGAAUAAAAUAA